UUAUUCUUAAAAAAUAUUAGGUUUUCUCAGCACGGAAGAUGACGUAGUUCCCGGCAAUAUGGGUCUGAAAGAUCAGAGCAUGGCACUUCGCUGGGUGUCGGAGAACAUCGAGUGGUUCGGUGGCAAUCCGAAAAAAAUUACUUUGGUCGGUAUGAGUGCCGGCGGUGCAAGCGUACAUUAUCAUUACUUGUCGAAAAUGAGCGCAGGACUCUUCCAAGGUGGCAUAUCGGUCAGCGGUACAGCGUUCAAUUGUUGGACGCAAACUGAGAACGCGAAGGAGAAGGCCAAGAAACUGGGUGCUCUGAUGGGAUGCCCUACGAGUAACUCUAGAGAUAUGAUUCGCUGUUUGAGACAUCGUCCAGCACGCGCGAUUGCGCAGGCUGAUAGCGAUUUUAUGUCGUUCUUGUACAAUCCUUUCACCCCCUUCGGGCCGGUGCCCGAGAGAGUUGGCGACGCGACCCCCUUCAUCGACAGAACGCCCGCCGAAAUCGUGAGCAGCGGUGACGUACAGGACGUGCCGUGGAUCACGGGGGUGGUAACCGAAGAAGGCCUCUAUCCCGUAGCCGAAUUUAUCGCCAAUGAAGAAGCUCUCAAACAAUUGAAUGAUAAUUGGGACGUUCUUGGACCGGAGUUCCUUGAUUUCAACCACACCCUUCCCAGAGAAAGACACGUCGAGACCGCUCGUCUUAUCAAGCAGCAUUAUCUUGGCACAAAACCGAUAGACACUCGAAGCACGAAAGAAUUGGUACAAAUGGCAGGGGACCGCUUUUUCGUGGUCGACAGUGAAAAGGUUGCACGAAUGCAGGCCAAAGUGAACCAGAAUCCUGUCUGGUAUUAUUAUUACUCGUACAACGGAGCAGAAAGCUUGAGCACAGCCCUUUCUGGCUACACUACCAAUAAAUAUUACGGAGUAAGUCACGGUGACGACGUGUUCAUUGUAUUAGAUACUCCUUAUUUUGAUCCAAUAACAACGCAAGAGGAUCGUGAUAUGCAACAACACUGGCUUGACUUUUGGGCCUCUUUUGCCACAGACGGAGUACCAAAAGUGAGCAAUGUGGAAUGGCCACGAUUAGAUCCUAGCAAGAAAGAUCUUCAUUAUUUGCAUUUUGCUGGUCCUACCAAAAUUUAUAUGGACAGUAACGCUAACCUUGGAGAGAAAACGUUCUGGAGUUCAAUUAAGUUCAACGAGAAUGUAUUGAAGCAAAGCAAAGCUAAAAAAGAUGAGCUUUGAAUGAUUCUCAAAUUUGUAUGCAAGUCUUUAUCUGCAUUUCAUUGUCCUAUCAAGAUUAAUUAAUUAACAUAUAUAUAAAGUAAUACAUACAUAAUAAUAUUAACUUUGAAAAGAAA